CAACCUGAGAUCUGCAAGCCUUGUAACGCCAUCUUAUACAGAAAGGGGGUUUAAACCGGGAGACAACAGGAAAGGGGGGGCUCUGACGGAGAUAACCCGAUAUUUCUGUCUGUGAUUAAAACCCUCGGGUGGUUGUGGAUCAAUAAAGGACAUGGAGCUGGGCUUUUGUUACGCGAAGUAAAGGCGCAUACGUGAGGAAAUAGUCAGGGAGCUGGUUAGCCUCUAUAGCUAGCUAGCAAGGGGGAGGAGGUGGGUGAGGAUAUUUUUCCCUGUAGCCGAAGUAGUUUGUUUAUGUUAUUCCAGUCGGACAUGUCAUCUUCAAACCCAGAGUUACCAGACACAAAUCUGGGUAUGGGGGCAAGUGGGACCCAAGCCAGCGGCGGGGCUGUUGUACCAAAAGGGACCAACAAAAGACGAGCUGGGCCGGACUUUGAUGAUGAUGAAGGAAGCAAGUUGUUCAGGUGUGACGAUGAAACGGGAGGCUCUAAUGACAAAGAGCGCUUUGCCAGGUUUUUGGAAGAAGAUCAAAGUUUUGCAGAUAAGGAAAAACUAGCCAGGGAGAACCACAGUGAGAUUGAGAGGCGGAGGCGGAAUAAGAUGACUGCCUACAUCACAGAGUUGUCAGACAUGGUGCCCACAUGCAGUGCACUAGCACGGAAACCUGACAAACUAACCAUCCUACGAAUGGCUGUGUCCCACAUGAAGUCUCUGAGAGGGAGUGGCAACACCAAUGCAGAUGGAUCGUACAAACCUUCCUUUCUUACUGACCAGGAGCUGAAGCACCUCAUCCUAGAGGCAGCUGAUGGCUUCCUCUUCGUGGUGUCAUGUGAGACUGGCCGCAUUGUUUAUGUCUCUGACUCCUUGGCACCCGUCCUCAAUCAGUCACAGUCUGAAUGGCUCGGCUCCUCCCUUUACGAUCAACUCCACCCAGAUGACACAGAAAAACUGAGAGAGCAGCUCUCCACUGCAGAGAAUAACAACACGGGGAGGAUGUUGGAUUUGAAGACAGGAACAGUGAAGAAGGAAAGCCAGCAGUCCUCAGCCAGAAUGACUAUGGGAGCUCGUCGUUCUUUCAUCUGCAGAAUGAGGUGUGGCUCAUGUCAGGUGGAGCCGAUGUCAAUGAACAGACUGAACUUUCUUAGGAACAGAAACAGGAAUGGUUUAGGUACAGCAAAAGAAGGAGAGCCCCAGUAUGUAGUGGUCCACUGUACAGGAUACAUAAAGUCCUGGCCCCCUGCAGGAGUAUCGUUAACAGAUCAUGAAGCAGACAACACUCAGAGUCGCUACUGUCUAGUUGCCAUCGGGAGAUUACAGGUGACUUGUUGCCCAGGUGACACAGACGUCAACAGUAUCAGUGUUCCAGUGGAGUUCAUCUCACGCCAUAACUGCCAGGGCAUGUUCACCUUUGUAGACCACCGCUGCAUGGCCGCUGUUGGCUACCAGCCCCAGGAUUUGUUGGGAAAGAAUAUUUUGGAGCUUGCUCACCCAGAAGACCAAGGCUUGCUGAGAGACAGCUUUCAACAGGUGGUGAAGCUGAAGGGUCAGGUUCUGUCUGUGAUGUUUCGGUUCCGCUCCAAAUCACGAGAAUGGAUCUGGAUGAGAACCAGCUCCUUCACCUUCCAGAACCCGUUUUCAGAGGAGAUCGAGUAUAUCAUCUGCACCAAUGUCAACGUCAAAAACUCGACACAGGACCCCCUCACCCCCAUCUCCUCCCCAGGGGGAUCGCUGCCCCCCUCCCUGGGUCAGAACAGCCCAAACGGCCCUCCUGUGGUGCUCAGCCCGGGGCAUGUGGCCACCAGGCAGCUGCAGCAGCAGCAGCAGGCGGAGCUGGAUGGAGGUGGAGCAAGAGACUCUUCUCUGUAUGAGAUGCCAGUGCAGCCAGUUACAGCAGCGGGACCGGACCACAGCAAGAGCCUUGAGAAGCCAGAGCUCUACCCCUCCCUUUACCAAGGCCCAGAUCAGACCAAGGGCAUGCCCUCCACCUCCACUCCCUCCACCCAGAUCUACUCUCAAGCCAACAACUUCAAUGCUGGACGCUCCAAUGAUGCAUACAGGCCAGUCAAUAUGGUUCCGCAGAUGGCACAGCCAGCCCACUCAGCGGGACAGAUGCUGGCUCAGAUGUCUCGUCAGAACGGAGCCCCACAGUCUGUUACCCCUGCCAGCACUGGCAGCCCCCUCCAUGGAGGACCAGCAGGAGGAUGGCCUGGACCUGGAACUGUAGCUGGAGCAAGACCACAAUUUAAUAACCAGCAGGUGGCUCCCCAGGCAGCAAAGACCAUGUCUCCACCAUUUGCUCCCAUGGGAGGAUUUGCAGGUGGCUCUUCCAACUCUUUUGGUCAGAUGCCCACAGGUGCUGCUCCCACCCCGAACAACGGUGCAAACUACCCACCCAUCAAUGCGCGCACUAGCCUUAACACCAAUGGUUAUGAUGGCUCCCAGUCUGCGGCACAGUUCCCCUCUCGAGCAGCGGAGGCAGUGUGGCCCCAGUGGCAAGGCCAGCAGCACGCACAGAGUAACGCAGAACAGCAUCCUCACGCUCAGGGCAAUCAGCAAGACAUGUUCCCUGAUGUGUUGUCUAUGCUGGACCAGCCCGCCAACUUCAACAGCGACGACUUUGAGAUUCCUAUCUACCCUUCGUUUAACGAGUGACCUCUGCUGGUCCGCCCCUUUUAUCUUCUUGACUUUUCACUCUGUCUGUCUUCAUAUUUAGCUCUUCUGCUCCUCUUUUCAUUCGCCCCUUCCUGCUCCUGAGAGUAGCACUCUUCCUUUGCUUUGCAUGGCUUGAUUUGCAUUGCCGCAAGCCAGCUGAAGAUGGAGGGAAAUAUCUGACUGCAGAUAUAAAGGGGAGGAAAAUCAAGGAAUUGCUACUGAGUAAAAGAUAGGACUAUCUUAACAAUAAUCCGGCACUGCCCAAAUCUCAACUAUAUAUAUAUAUAUAUAUAUAUAUAUA